CCGAGCGUCAAGCAGACAUAGGUAUGGGUACAGCAUACGUAUCCCGCUGGCAGUGGCCUGGCAUAGUCAAUGAGUCCUGCAGAGUAGCGAGCAAGCUAACUUGAACCAGGCCUAAACCUGGCUGGCCAACCCUCGUUACUGCACCGCGGUCCCCUGCAAAUACAGGGCCUAUAGAGGCUAACACAGCGCCGAAUGGGACGUCGACAGGCCGCCCCAACAGGGGCCUACAGCACCAAAAAGCACGAGCACCAGCAAAUCCCACCGCCACUUGAGACACAAUCGCCUCCGCGCCUGCCACUGCGUUUUUCUGGCCGCAACCCCGCCACUUUUCUUCGACCCCGCCAGACUACAUCCCCAAAACCAGCUCCUCUCCUUCCCCGACUUUUGCUCUCCAUCCAUCCACCUUUUUCUGCUUUUUAAACACAAGGCCUGUUUCGACACAAACAAUAUUCACAAUGGACGAGAUUGCAAAGGAGUAUGACGUUAUCGUCCUUGGCACUGGCUUGACCGAGUGCAUCCUUUCUGGUGUCCUCAGUGUAAAGGGCAAGAAGGUCCUCCACAUUGACCGCAACGACCACUACGGCGGUGAAGCCGCUUCCGUUAACCUUGAGACACUCUUCAAGAAGUACGGCAACGUUACCGAGGGCGACAAGCCCUGGGAGAAGUAUGGCCGCCUUAACGACUGGAACAUUGAUCUGGUUCCCAAGUUCCUCAUGUCCUCCGGUGAACUGACCAACAUUCUCGUCUCUACCGAUGUUACCCGCUAUCUCGAAUUCAAGCAGGUCGCUGGCAGCUACGUCCAGCAGGGCGCUGGCUCCAAGGCCACCGUUGCUAAGGUUCCCUCUGAUGCUGGCGAGGCUCUUAAGUCCCCUUUGAUGGGCAUUUUCGAGAAGCGCCGCAUGAAGUCUUUCAUUGAGUGGGUUGGAACCUUCGACCCCAAGGAUCCCGCCACCCACAAGGGCCUUGAUAUGAACACUUGCACUAUGAAGGAGGUCUUUGACAAGUUCGGCCUUGAGGCUGGUACUAAGGAUUUCAUUGGCCAUGCCAUGGCCCUUUACCUUGCCGAUGACUACAUUACCAACCCCGGCCAGGCUCCUGAAGCUAUCGAGAGAAUCCGCCUCUACGGAAACUCUGUUGCCCGCUACGGCAAGUCGCCCUACAUCUACCCUCUAUACGGCUUGGGUGAACUUCCCCAGGGCUUCGCCCGUCUGUCCGCCAUCUACGGUGGCACUUACAUGCUCAACACCAACAUCGACGAGAUCCAGUAUGAAGGCGACAAGGCCGUUGGUAUCAAGGCCACCAUGACUGGUGUCGAAGAGAUGAAAUUUGAGACCAAGGCUAAGAUGAUCUUGGGUGAUCCCUCUUACUUCCCUGGCAAGACCAAGGUCGUCGGACACGUCCUCCGCGCCAUCUGCAUUCUCAAGCACCCUCUUGCAGGUACUAGCGACAGCGACUCUGCUCAGCUCAUCAUUCCUCAAUCCCAGGUUGGCCGCAAGAACGGUAUGUCUUCCUUAUGAUGUUGUGUACACCGGUUUACUAAUAUUUGCAGAUAUCUACAUUGCCUGCGUGUCCUCCGCCCACAACGUUUGCCCCAAGGGCUACUACGUUGCCAUCGUUUCCACGAUUGCCGAAAGUUCUGCCAACCACCACCUCGAGCUUGAGCCCGGAUUGGAGCGUCUCGGAAAGAUCGAAGAACAAUUCAUGGGUGCUCCCAUCCCUAUCUACGAGCCCCUUGAAAAUGGCACCAAGGAUAACAUCUUCAUCUCUAAGAGCUACGACGCUACUAGCCACUUCGAGACUACUACAGAUGAUGUCAAGGAUAUCUACCAGCGCUGCGCUGGCGAAGAGCUGAAGGUGGAGGGCCUGAGAGAGGGCAUCACCGUCGCUGAAGAACAAUAAAUAUCUCAAACAAGAGCAAUUUAAUGCUAAUAGCCAGUACCAAAUCACCCCAGUAUAAAUCUAUCGAGAUUGGCAACUCCAAAAAAGAGGCAAUCCCUUGUAAUUUUCACUUGGGCUACAUUCCUGUUAUUGAAAUCUUGCGACAAGUAAUGGACAGCAAAUCAAGCACUGUAUACAGAAUGAGUAAAUAGGACAGGGUAUCCGAGCAAAUAUCAUGAUCAUCAUUGCUGUUAACUAUAUGCAUUCUAAUAUCUUCGCCAAGCAGCGGCGAUACGCUUUUUCAACCCCUCUGGGAACCAAUUCUCGAAACAUCAUCCCGUUGUUGGUGCCCAUGGUAGUUGGUGAAUCAAAGGUAGGGCAAUGGUGCAUGGUGCACCAGUCACCCUAUGAACGAAUAUACUGUGACGCCAACAACGCCUGAGAAAGUAAGAAGCAAGAAAAAUCACGCCACAGACCCAUCCAUAAAUGAAACAAGACCCAAAUUUGCUGGAAGAGUUUAGCAAGGGCAAAGGUAGUGAAACUUUGGACGCGUGAAAAAAAACUCUGCCAGCCAAUGCAGUAUGGUAAGUGUUUUAGAUGCGCUGCGUCUUGCCGAUACCACGCUUGCCGGAGAACUGUAGGAAGGUUGUUAGCGUUGAAGAACAGAGAUACGUUAAUUAUCAAACAAGUACUUACCAAAUGCUUGGGAAGCUUGGUGGUGGUGUGACGAUCACCUUCACCCUGUCUGGCCAUGCGGUUCAUCUUUCUCUGGUUGAGCUUAGCAAUACGCUCAGCCUUGGUACGAGCGCCCUCAUCCUUGACACCAUCGUCCUUGCGGCUGACAACAGGGUUUCUGGAAGCAGGUCUGCUCUUGGAUCGGAGACGCUCGCGCGCCGACUUGGGCUCAUCAACAUCCAUGGAGUCUGCGUCAGCAGUGCCAGCGCGGCUUCUGGUGAGCGAACGGCCACGGCCACGGGAUUGGGCGCGGGCUCUCUCGGCAAUCUCGGUAGUGUCGACACCAAGGGAGUCGAGGGCAUCCUCGAAUUCCGAGAGAGGCUUCUUCAUCAUCUUGCGAGGGAUGAUGGCCUGGUUCUUGAGGCGCUUCUUCAUUCUGGCCUCGUUGCGGAUGAGCUGCUGCUUCUCGCGGAUCAGCUCAGCCUUGCGCAUGACCUCGGCCUCUUCAUCAUCCUCAAUCUCCUCGUCAGAGUCGUAGUAGCCCUCCUGUUCAAGCUUCUCCUCUUCCUCCUCAAGAGCGGCAAGCUUGGCCUCGAUAUCGGGGUCGAUGAAGUCGUAGACGUUCUGGCCAUCAAACAGCUCGGGAAUCUUGUCGUACUUCCACUCGGGGUUCUUGAGAAGGUAGUCGGCGUUCAUGUCGACGUUGUAAACACCAGCACCGCCAUUCUCGAGCUCGAUAUCGCGAGCGAGGGUGAUACGCUCAGGGUCGUUCUUGUCGUACUUCUUCUUGGUCUUGGCAGCUUCGGGAAUGAAGGUCUCGAGGCUCUUGCCACCCAUGGGCUGAGCAACGUGAAUACGGGCCAUAACAUCAGCCAAGCGACCACCCACAGCACCGCUGUUGGAUGAUCCAGCCUUGAGCUUCUGGCUUACUCUUUCGGCAAUCAGACGCUCGCAAGCGGCGUUCUUGACAUCUUGGACGCCUUCCUGGGUGUUGCAGGAGAGCUGGAGCAUUUCGACGCCGUCAGACUUGAGCAGGUUCUGGAGCUCCUCCUGAACCUCAGGAGUGAGAUCCUCGGGACGGGUAACGUCAAUCUUGUUAAUGACGAUAAAGACGAGCUUGUUGGAGAAGAGAGGCUUGAUGCUUCGGAAGAGCUGCAUCUGGGCCUGGACGGUGUAGCCACACUGCUCGGACAGAUCCAUGAAGUAGAGAAUGGCAGAGCGCAAGUGAGCAAUAGCAGUGAUACUCUGCAUUUCAAUAGUGUUCAUCUCUUCAAGAGGGUGGUCAAGAAUACCAGGGGUAUCGAUGGCCUGGAAUCUGAGGUACUUGUAGUCGAAGUGACCGACGAACAAACUCUUGGUGGUGAAAGCGUAAGGCUGGACGUCGACAUCCGCGCGGGUGACGCUGCGCAAGAAGCUGGACUUGCCAACAUUGGGGUAACCGCAAAUGAGCAGGGUUCUGGUGUUGGGAUCGAUGGAAGGCAGACGACCAAGAUGCUGGCGAACCUGGUCAAGGUAGAGCAAAGGAUCCUUGAGACGCUUGACUAGUGUGGCCAUGCGACCGAGGGCGGCUCUCUUGAGCUGCUUGCACUGGAACAAAGACUGGCCAUACUUCAAAAGACGGACGUAAUCUCUGGAGAUGGUCUCAACAAGAUGUUUGGCGGUCGAGAUCUGGCC